GUUUAUUCCAAGUUUUCUAACAUGGACUUAAUGAUGUAUGUACCUGAUGAAAUGAACCUAAAUAAAAUUGAUCAGUUAACUCCAAAGAUCAUCCAUAAUUGUGAAGUACCAAAAAUAGAUAUAAAACAAAAUAUAAUGACAGAAGCUUCAUAUAAAACAAGAUUUUGGUAUUUUUUAUUUUCUAAACGCACAAUAGCUUCUAAAUAUCCAUUUAUAAAAUGGUUCAAAAAUAACGCAGCAAUAAACUAUGAAAUUAAUAGACACUUUCAAUCUUAUCCAUAUAUGAUACAUCCUUUCAGCAUUUUUCAAAUAUAUUGGAAAAUAAUAAUGAUUAUUACCGGUUUUAUAACUCUUAUUAUUAAUCCCAUAUUUCUUGCAUUUUAUAUGAAUGAAAAAGAACAAUGGUACAUGUUUAGUAAUGUGUUAGAUGGUAUUAUUUUAUGUGAUAUCAUUAUGUGCUUUUUUACUGGAUACUACAAUCAUUGGACAAAUAUGGUUAUUUUAAAUCCACGUAUAAUAGCAAAAAAAUAUAUGAAAAGUACUUUUAUAGUGGAUAUUCUAUCUGCUAUGCCAUAUCAAUUAAUUGAUUUUAUAAUAAAUAAAUCAGUUUGGUAUUGUGUUAUACUCAACAUAGUAAAGAUUAUUAGAAUACGAGCAAUCAUUGUUUAUUCUCGAAAACUCUGCUGUAUAUAUCAUAUUAAUCGUCAAAGAUAUAAACUAUUUGAAAUGAGUAUGAUUAUUAUUAUAUCUGUACACUGGGCAGCUUGUCUUGAAUAUUACAUACCACUGAUAGUGUCUAAUAUUUUUGGAAGAAACAGAGGGUCAUGGAUUGAAUCUGAUGCUUUAAAAGAAAGAAAAACAAAUUGUCGUAAAUAUCUAAUGUGCUUGAACAGAGCUACUAUUGCCCUAGUUUGUUCUACUCAUUAUUUAGACAUGAAAACACCAGAUGAUAUUCUAUUAAAUAUUAUAUUAUCAAUUAUGGGUAUUCUUGGUUUUAUUUAUAUUUUAGUACAGAUUAUGCAGUUUAUAAAUACAUUAUAUUCAACCACUAAAAAACAUUAUAAACAUUUUCAACAAUUACAAGAAUAUAUAAGAUAUAAGGAAUUACCAUAUAAUCUACAACGCCGUAUUUUAGAAUAUUUUAAUUAUUGUAGCAAAAAGAACUUUAAUAGAUAUCAACAUAUAAUCUAUCAAGUUUCCUCUUAUUUGCAAGAGAAACUUAUUUUACACACUUAUAUGAAAUUUAUCAACAAUGUGUCAUUGUUUCAAUAUAUUCCAGAAUCUAUCGUUUUACAGUUAAUAAAUGUGUUAAGCUCUGAAAUUUAUUUAGAGAAUGAUAUAAUAGUUAAAAUUGAUGAAGAAGGAGAUGGACUCUAUUUUAUUGCAUCUGGCACAGUUGCAGUCUAUAACAGUUUAUGGAAAGAGGUUUGUCAUUUAGAAGAUGGAGCAUAUUUUGGGGACAUUUUCUUAUUUCUGAAAACUAUGCAUCAUAAUGCUAAUAUUGUUGCAAUAGAAACUUGUGAGAUUUAUAUAUUAUACAGAACGAAUUUUCAACUCAUUAUGGAAUCUUAUCCAGAUUUAUUUAAUGUUUUAUAUAAUGAAGUUUCAAAAUAUAUGAAAAAACCUAAUGCCUAUGAUAGUUUCUAUUAA